UAUAAAACGACAGCAGACGACUGAGCACUUACACACAGAAACACUUUCAACAUGACACUGACAGUGUAUGCUUUGCUGGCUUUCAACCUCAGCAUCCUCCUAACAGUGGUGGAGACUCAAUACAUUCCAAAGACCUGUGAGUGUCCACAGGCUAAAAUAAGAAUCAAGGGACCAUUUUCAGAUCUCAAAGUCACUCCAAAAAGACCUAAAUGUUUACAGGAUGAGAUCAUAGUUACACUGCAGAAAAAUAAUAGUCAACUGUGUCUCAGUCCGGAAGGACAACAAGGCAAAAGACUCCUGAAAUGUUGGCAAAGCAUGCAAAAAGAUGGCAAGGACAGCAAAAAAUGCAUACGCAAUUCAAAAAGAUCAAAAGCAAGGACAUAGAAACAGGAAACAGGUUAAAUCAAGGAAGGUCACAUCUUAACCUCAAAUUCUAAGGAUACUGAGGCAAAGAACAUAAGAGAUCCAAAGGAGAAAAUUCUCUUCAAAGUUGUGCAAAGUGCUUUAGCACUGCUGUACAUUUACAAGCCAAGGACAUAAGAAAAGGCAGAAUUCAGAGGAGUGCACAUCUAUGGAGGCCAAGGGAUACAACAGAGACAGCUUCUAACCUUGAUGUGUUUUACAGAGAUGAGUUGAGCCCUAUGCAGGUUUUACGUACUGGCCAGUCUGAAGAAAUAUAUAUAUAAUGUGUACAUUUUUAUAUAUUGUUCUUUUAAAUGUCCAUUUUCUUAUAAAUAUGUAUUCAGUGAUCACAUGAAGAUUGUUUUUUUAACAGUUUAGUUUAAUAUAAAAUAAACUGAUAUAAUAAACAUU